CAACAAUAGUCUUGGCCUAAUACAGUUUUGUUUACGUGUAACUUGAAAAGAUGGCUAACUUUAGAGACAAAGUUGUCCUAGUAACAGGAGCAAGUUCUGGUAUAGGAGAAGCCACCGCUAUCAAGUUAGCAGAACAUGGUGCCACCUUAUUUUUAGUAGCUCUUGAAGAGGACAAAUUGCAAAGUGUACAACAAAAAUGCAUUGAAAAGGGUUUAGUGAAAGAAAAAGUAGCAUAUUGCAGUGGUGAUUUGUCCCAAUCUGCCUUCAGGGAGGAAAUUGUUAAGAACCUGAUACAGAAAUUUGGAAAAUUGGAUAUACUGGCUGAUAUUGCAGGCUAUGUAAGUCUUACUAAUGUAAGUGAAACUAAAGAAGAGGAUUACGAUAGAUUUGUUGAUGUGAACCAGAAGGCAAAAUUUUUCCUGGCACAACUUUGCUUGCCUUAUAUCAAAGAAACAAAAGGUAAUAUAAUCUACAUGUCCAGCGUCAGAUCCACGAUACCUCGAGUUGAUACAGUAGUUUACUGCAUGGCGAAAGCAGCUAUUGAUAUGCUUACAAAAUGUCUAGCGAAGGAACUAGGACCUCACGGUGUCAGAGUGAAUGCUAUCAAUCCUGGCUUCAUUGAUGAUACCAAUCUUCUUCGUAAUAGUGGUUUAAAGGCAACAGAUGAAGACCAAAAGAAGUACGCAGACUUAUCAGCCGAGCAAGCACACCUAAAAAGGGCGGGAAAACCAGCAGAUGUCGUUUCCCUCUUGCUCUUCUUGGCGUCAGAUGAAGCAUCGUAUAUUACCGGAAGUAUAAACAAUGUCGAUGGUGGCUAUCAUUUAUAUCCGUAACCAGUAUAAACAAUCUCCGAAACAAUGCAGAUUUCAGACUUCUAGUGUAACUAACAGUGAUUAUAUUUUUAAUCUGCUAUAUAUGACAUUCUCCUGAUUCAAAUUUGCUUCAUUUUUUAAAUAAAGUUUGGAAUGGAAUUGCAUGCUAAUAAAUAUUAAUUAAG